AUGCAGGGUAUUUUCGACAACCAGUUCCCCAAGCUGAAAGCAGCGCUUUUAUGCGUAGACUCGAUCGGGCAGCGCCAAGAGAACCUGUGGUCGAAUAAGCAAUGGAAAGCGAUCGGUUUCAAGAUCAGGACGUUGUACAGUCGACAGCCCGGAGCGCAUACGAUUCACGACAUCAGACGGAUUGACUCGAAGUGGAUGGACAAAGACCGAGUCCACCAGGUGUAUUCUGAAGCUGAAGCCGCUAAGGAUGAGCUUUAUGGCACGUGGGCUUCUCGGGUGAAGCAGGUCUGGAAGGACAAGAUGAUGAAAGACGCGGAGAAGGCUCUCCAGCUGGAGCUGAUCAAACAGGAGAUGGUUGACCGAUACAAGGCCGAGACCGAGAAGGUCUAUAUGGUAGCCGUCCAGGCCGCCAAGGAGUACCAACAAGCCUACCUUGACGGCAAGGCCGCCCAGCGCCAAGCCAUCGCCGACGGGUACAACGAGUUCAAGCAGAUUGUCAAUGCCUCGAUCGAGUCCAAGGUGGCGCAGGCCAAGGAGAAGAAUAUGGCUCGAUGCCGCCAUCGAGGAGCGCCGUCAGGCCUCAAGGACAAGCUGGCCACCAUCUACAACCAACUUGAGACCCAAGGCAACGAGCUGAAGGCUGAUGGCGAACGACUUGGAGCCGAUCUGAAGGCGUUCAUGGAGAAGCGCUAUCAAUACAAGCAAGACGGACACGGCGCGGCCAAGGAAGUCUUGAAGGAGGUGUUGACCGAGUCGUUGGAGCAAGCUGGAGAAGAAGCUCGACAAGGCUACACUUCUGGAGACCCUUACCGGAGCUUCAGCCUGGGAAACUGUCGCCUGGUGCUGUUGGCGCUUUGCAUCCUCCUAUCCGUUGCCCUGAUCGCCCUGAUCGCCUACCAGUAUUACCAGGUGGCCCAGAAGAACAAGUACGGCAAGCUGAGGCCUCAAUGGCUCGCGCCGAGCGAGCACCCCUCAACACGGCGCCCCCACUCACCUACACGCACGAGAAGCCCCUCUUCGGUUCCGGACUGCCGGGACCUUCUG